AUGCGUCUCUACUAUUGCACAGUCGUCAUCGAUGGCUGGGGUGUUGCAGGCCCGAACUCCCCGCCCGAGGGCGAUGCCAUCGCCGCCGCAGAGACCCCGCACAUGUCGGGCUUCGCAGAGGCCAACUCGAAGACUGCUCAGGGAUAUACCGAGCUGGAUGCAUCUUCUCUGGCAGUUGGAUUGCCCGAGGGCCUCAUGGGCAACAGUGAGGUCGGCCACUUGAACAUUGGUGCUGGCCGCGUCGUCUGGCAAGACAGUGUCCGCAUUGACCAGACUCUAAGGAAGGGCGAGCUGAACAAGGUCGACAACAUUGUCAAGUCAUUCACCCGCGCCAAGGAGGGCAAUGGCCGUCUGCACCUCCUCGGUCUCGUCUCGGACGGUGGUGUCCACUCGAAGCAGGACCACCUGUUCGGCCUGCUGAAGGUCGCCAAGGAGAUUGGAGUGCCCAAGGUCUUCAUCCACUUCUUUGGCGAUGGCCGUGACACCGACCCCAAGAGCGCUACCAAGUACAUGCAGACUCUGCUUGACCAGUUGAAGGAGAUCGGCGUUGGUGAGCUGGCCACCGUUGUCGGUCGUUACUAUGCUAUGGACCGUGACAAGCGAUGGGACCGCGUUGAGGUCGCCGUGAAGGGCAUUGUCACCGGAGAGGGUGAAGAUAGCACUGAUCCUGUCAAGGCCAUUGAGGACCGCUAUGCUAAGGGUGAGAACGAUGAGUUCCUGAAGCCCAUCAUCUUCGGUGGCAAGGAGAGGAGAGUCCAGGACGACGACACCCUGUUCUUCUUCAACUACCGCUCCGACCGUGUUCGUGAGAUCACCCAGCUUCUGGGAGACUACGACCGCUCUCCCACGCCCAACUUCCCUUACCCCAAGAACAUCCACAUCACCACCAUGACCCAGUACAAGACUGACUACACUUUCCCCGUUGCCUUCCCUCCGCAGCACAUGGGCAACGUGUUGGCCGAGUGGCUCGGUAAGAAGGAUGUUAAGCAGUGCCACGUUGCUGAAACUGAGAAGUACGCCCACGUUACGUUCUUCUUCAACGGUGGUGUCGAGAAGCAGUUCCCUGGUGAGGAGCGUGAUAUGAUUCCCUCUCCCCGCGUUGCCACCUACGACCUCGACCCCAAGAUGAGCGCUGCCGGUGUUGGUGAGAAGAUGGCCGAGCGUCUGAGCCAGGGCAAGUUCGAGUUCGUCAUGAACAACUUCGCUCCUCCAGACAUGGUUGGCCACACUGGUGUCUACGAGGCUGCUAUCCAGGGUGUCGCUGCCACGGACAAGGCCAUCGGUGUCAUCUACGAGGCCUGCAAGAAGAACGGCUAUGUCCUCUUCAUCACUGCGGAUCACGGUAACGCCGAAGAGAUGCUCAACGAGCAGGGCAAGCCCAAGACCUCUCACACUACCAACAAGGUGCCCUUCAUCCUGGCCAAUGCCCCCGAGGGCUGGAGCCUCAAGAAGGAGAACGGUGUCUUGGGUGAUGUCGCCCCAACUGUCCUUGCCGCCAUGGGCAUUGAGCAGCCCGAAGAGAUGACCGGAAAGAGCCUUCUUGUCCGGGCAUAGAUUCCCUUGCACAUUUAAUCUCGUACAGUUAAGGGGUUCUCAGCUCCGGUUCUAUGACUGCUAUUUGAUACUAUUUUGAUGAUGAUAAACGAGGGAUAAUGGUGUACGUGAAUUGCUACCAGGAAGUCUUUUUUUGGUGAUGUCGGUGUUGAGUUGAUUCCCUAUACGCAUGAGGAGUGAAAUGACGGUGUAGAGUAGAUGGGGGUGUUGUUUUUUACAGUGGGAAGGGAUUGGCUAAAGA